ACGAUCGUCGCAAAAGCCGAGAGAGAGAGAUUAUUAGAAGAAGGGAAGAUAUGGGCAGGUUAUUUCUGAUAAAUCUCGAAGGGAAGAUCUAUAGCUGCAAGCACUGCCAGACCGAUCUCGCCCUCUACGAAGACAUCGUCUCCAAGUCUUUCCAUUGCAGGCAUGGGAAGGCUUAUCUCUUCAAUAAGGUUGUCAAUGUCACAGUUGGUCCGAAAGAAGAUCGGAUGAUGAUGACUGGACUGCACACUGUCGCUGACAUAUUCUGUGUCGGUUGUGGAUCAAUCGUGGGAUGGAAAUAUGAGGCUGCCCAUGAUAAAAGCCAGAGGUACAAGGAAGGGAAGUUCAUCCUUGAGAGGUUUAAGGUGUCGGGGCCUGAUGGAUCCAAUUACUGGGCUAGCCAAGAAGCUCAGGUUGGUGGAAGUGAUGCAGAUGAUGCUUGAUUAGCCAUGACCCAAUUGGCACAUUCAGCCAUGUAACUGUACAGCUGCCUCUAAUGUUCUUUCGACCAUCUGGAUUCUGAAAGUUGGUAUUUCUUAGCUUGAAAGCCCCAAAUAAUAUGGACUGGUGUUACAUCA